CUCGCAUUAAGGCAUUUGCCGCGAAACCGAAGUGUAUCAUUUAACCAAGAAUAGGUGACAAUAGAAUAGAAAUAAAUGUCAUCACUCAUAGAAAUAGAGAAUAGAAAACAGUAAUAAAUGGACAUUGUUUUUUUUUUGUGAAGGCUGUGAUUGUGCCGUUACGAGAUGUGGAAGUCCUUUCUUUUAACUUGCAUGGCAAUACCUUGGAGCAUAGCUCAGAACGGCAGAAGUCAACGACCGUUUGACAAUGGCCACGGCUGGGACAUUCGGCUGGCAGUUCCUGGCAACCCGGGGAACGACUACCCCACCCUGGACUCUAUACCUCGAACGUCCUUCACAUGCUCUGGCAAAGAACCAGGAUAUUACGCGGAUGUUGAAACCAACUGCCAAGUGUUUAGAGUAUGUACCCUUGGAUCGACAUAUGGCUUCCAAUCGUUCAUAUGUCCAAAUGGAACCUUGUUUAACCAAGCUGUACUAGUAUGCGACUGGUGGAUGAAAGUCAACUGUAAAAAUUCUAGAGAACUCUUUAAAUUAAAUGAUGAGAAAUUUGUUAAUUUAAAAUUGGGAUCACAAUUCAUGUCUGACAUCAAGAAAAUGAUAACGCACCCCAUAAGAAAUCCUUAUGACGACACGUAUACUAAAAAUAACUUGAUAGUAAUGCAGGAAUAUAAACCGCCAUCGAACCAACUGUAUAAUGGAGCUACAUUGAGUAAUUUCAAUAGAAAUUCAAACAACGCCUAUUUUCAAACAAAUCAGGCUCAAAGAAAUACCUUCCAAAACGCAUAUUCAACAGCAAAUUUAAUAUCACAUACAGUAUCUACACCUAGCACACAACAAUAUUCUUACAUUCAGAAUCAGAAACAAAGUAAACCUUACGUGCUACCUAACCGAUCAGGAAAUACAAAGAAUAUAAGCCCUGGUUUGUUUUUAAACAGUCAACCAGGACAAGUACCUCAACCAAAGAGUCUUGAUGUGAUUAAGUAUAGUCAAAAUACACACUCAGUUAGACCCACUCAAGUGUAUCAAAGAAGUAUACAAAAAUCACAGAAUACAAAGCUACAAGAUAAAGAUGAUGUUAGACCAACAUAUAAAGCACCAAAUCAAUUUAAUAGCAGUCGAAUAAGCAAAAGCAAAGAAGUAGAAUGGGGUAUUGAAUUUUCUAAACAACAAUUAAAUCGAAAGAUUAAACAAGACAAAUUGAUUUCCGAUAAACAUACUCAAGCUAGUUUUGUAAAUAUUGAACAGUUAGGAAAUAGAACAAAACAAACUACGGUAAGUAAUGAAACACCACCAGCAAUUAUAACUAAAACUUUAGCAUUUCGUAGAAUCAUCAAAGAUUCUGAAAAUGGUAAUCCUAAAUCCAGAAUUACAUUCAAAACAUGGAUAGUCAGGCCUUCUAGAAACUCUAAAUUAAUAGUGGAACCAACGCCUUAUACAUACAACAGACCUGCAAAUUUUUUGGGAAAAAUUAUUGCUGAUAUUUCAAAUAAUAAUAAUCUUAAUACAACAUCAUCACCUAAGGUUGAAACAGAAACUGUUGAAGAUUCAUAUGUAUACAAUGUUCCAACAGCUAAAAUAAAUGAUCAAAUUCUCUCAAUUCCCAAAGAAACUUCAGAGAUUCUUCCAUCAUCAACGUCUUCAUCUGAAGUAUUUACGGGCUAUUCACUCCCUACUCCUCCACCAACAAAACCCGCGCUAUUAUAUUUAUUACCUACAACUUUCAAGCCAUCUUCUCGUCUUUAUGUUCCACCUGCCGUAAAACAAAACCAAAUAUCUCGACAAUAUUUAUUACCAGUUAUUGAAAAUAGUAAAUUAGUGGCAGCAGCUAGUAGCCCUCGACCAUUUUUAGCUAUCAAUAACAAUGAACCUUCAUUUUUCCUUAGCAAACAAACUCAUGUUAAUACUAAUCAAAAUAAUUUAGCCUUUUCUGAUAUUUUGACCAAAGAAAAAUUAGACAUAACAGUAAAUGAUAUAGUCAAGGAUACAAAUAAUGUAUUUGACUCCGCAUCUCCUGAAGAACUUCAACAAUUCAAACAGAAUAUAAAUAGAGUUGACUAUCCUAUUGAUAACUAUUUGUAUUCAGACAAAGAUUCUCAAAGUGGUGAAAAACUAACGUUACAACCACCACCACCACUGCCAAAGAGUUCUAGGCUUAUUGUAGCUCCAUCAAUUGAUUUAGAACCUCCCAUUGAAACCAGUAGUACUAUUAAUCAAAAUACCAAUCCAAUUUCAAAUUUGCCCUACUAUGAAGAAUCUACUCGACCUCCAAAUACUAUUGAAAGAACUGUCUCUUUGAAAAUAACUAUUCCAGAAAAUAUUGCUGAUUUGUUGUUUAAAAAUCAAAGCACUAAUUUAGAAAUUUUAAGUACAGGUAAUAGUAAUAAUUGGUUACUUUCUAAUAAGGUAGCUGAAGAUAGUGGUAGUGUUGUUCCAAUAGGUAAAUUAAUUUGGAAUAAAAAUUCUAAUAUUUCUAAUUCACAGGAUUUGGUGUUUUCGUUACUAGUAGACUCUAUUAACGCUGCAAAAGACUAUAAUAACAUAGUACAACAGAACAUAGCCACCACACAGCCUACACCUACACAAUCACAGUUCCAAAGUGUGAAAAAAGAAGAUUUACAACGAAUAACGAAUGACAUAUCGCAGUUAACAUCUUCACAAUUUUCAGCAAUAAAUAAUUCUUCUAAGCAGAAAUUAGCUAACCUAAGAUUGCCACCUCCAUCAGUAUUGAAAUCACAGAAAACAAACGCAAAUUCAAAACCUGGUAACAGUUAUUCUCAAAAUCAACGUGAACAGAAGAUACAAUUACAUCAGGACACUCAGAAACAGAGAGAAAUUCAAACAACAUCUCAUCCGAUAUCUGGGAAUAACGAGGUUUUAGACAUAAAUUCUGAUAAUUUAUACAGUGGGCAGCUAUAUCAGCUGCCAGUACCAGUAGUAAGUAAGCAAAUAUACAACUCGCUCUUCCCAGGUACUUACAAAUCAUCUAAUAACGCUAUUCAAUCAAAUCUUCUAAGAAAUAGUAUUUCAGUUAACGAUAAGAUUAUUGAUAAAUCUAACGCAGAUUAUGAGCUUAUUCAAUCUCAUUCUAUUGACCAAAAUAGCUUGCAGUCUAGUGAUGCCAAUCCAAGAGGAUCAGGAAGAGAAACAGAUCAAGGAAGUACAGCAAAUGCGUUUAUCGAUGCUCUGGAACUUCCCAAAAAUGGAAUCACUGCUCAGUUACAAGACAACAUCGUUGGUACAUUACCACACCCGCUAGAUGACGACAAAUUGAUAAAGUAUAAAAAGGAUCAAACAUAUUACAUCUACACACAUUUGAACAACGAUGAUGAUUUAAAUACAAACAAUCAAAUUCAAAAUGUAAUUCGAAACAAUCUGGCAAAUACAGAAUUCACUCAAAAUAAUCAGCUAUCUCGUCUUUCGGCGUAUGAACUAAUUCCAUCACUUGGUUACAAAUUGGAUGAUGAAAGAGAAAAACAAAGACUUUUAAAUGCUUUUCAGAUUAACGGCUAUGGCAAACCUAAACAGGUAUCAUCAAAUGAAAACACAAAUCUGAUUCGUCGUCAAGAUGUCAUUUCUGACGUAGACUUUACGGUGAAUCACCCGAAAUCGUCCCAAAUCAACAAACCAGCUUUUCUAUACGAUGGGCCAAAUUCAUAUUCCGCACCCCAGAAAUCAGUAGGUUACCUUGGGUCAUAUCAAAAUAAUAUACAGAGUAUUACGAAUUUCAAUUCAAAAAUUGAAAAAUUUGACACAGAUGAAGAUAAAAAUUACGGAUAUCCAAAAAUUAGUCCUGUAAAACGAUUUUUGUUCUAGUUAAUUAAAAAGAAAGUUUUGUGACCACUAUGUCAAUGAUUCACAAUCUAAUUAAAAUGUUUAAUGUAUCUGGGCGCACGGUAGUGCCCCUGUCAAUUAUAUUUACAUUAACCAUUUUAAUUCAUUAAGAAAAUAAAAUGUUGUAUAUGUUAAUAUUUUAAAUUAAAUAAUUUAACACUCAUAGAAAUAAAUAUAUUGUUUUAGUGAAUUGCAUGCCAAAUGAUAAGUAAAAACUAUUUUAUAAUAAUAAAUCUAG